UUGUGAAUCUGUGACGGCCCCUUUAAGAACACUGGCCACUCCUCCUUUUCCAUAGACCUAUUAGAGCCUUUGCCCCGGCGCCGGUGACUCAGAGUGUUCGCGGGAGCACCCCUUCUGCGCUAGCCAAACCCGAUCCCGAGGUCCGACAGCGCCCGGCCCAGAUCACUACGCCUGCCAGGAGCCAGCCGAGAGCCAGCCGGCCGGCGCGCUCCGACCCCGAGCAGUCUCUGUCCUUCAGCCCGAGCCCCGCGCCCUUCUCGGGACCCCUGCCCCUUGGGCAGCGCUGCCACCCUGCCGGCCAUGGAGACUCCGUCCCAACGGCGCGCCACCCGCAGCGGGGCGCCGGCCAGCUCCACCCCGCUGUCGCCCACUCGCAUUACCCGGCUGCAGGAGAAGGAAGACCUGCAGGAGCUCAAUGAUCGCCUGGCGGUCUACAUCGACCGUGUGCGCUCCCUGGAGACGGAGAACGCAGGACUACGCCUUCGCAUUACCGAGUCGGAGGAGGUGGUCAGCCGCGAGGUGUCCGGCAUCAAGGCCGCCUAUGAGGCCGAGCUUGGAGAUGCCCGCAAGACCCUCGACUCGGUGGCCAAGGAGCGCGCUCGCCUGCAGCUGGAGCUGAGCAAAGUGCGUGAGGAGUUUAAGGAGCUCAAAGCGCGCAAUACCAAGAAGGAGGGAGACUUGCUGGCCGCCCAGGCCCGCCUCAAGGACCUGGAGGCUCUGCUCAAUUCCAAGGAGGCCGCACUGAGCACCGCCCUCAGUGAGAAGCGCACGCUGGACGGUGAGCUGCAUGACCUGCGGGGGCAGGUGGCCAAGCUCGAAGCAGCCCUGGGUGAGGCCAAGAAGCAACUUCAGGAUGAGAUGCUGCGGCGGGUGGAUGCUGAGAACAGGCUGCAGACCCUGAAGGAGGAACUGGAUUUCCAGAAGAACAUCUACAGUGAGGAGCUGCGUGAGACCAAGCGCCGCCAUGAGACCCGGCUGGUGGAGAUCGAUAACGGGAAGCAGCGUGAGUUUGAGAGCCGGCUGGCGGACGCCCUGCAGGAGCUGCGGGCCCAGCACGAGGACCAGGUGGAACAGUACAAGAAGGAGCUGGAGAAGACGUAUUCUGCUAAGCUGGACAAUGCCAGGCAGGCGGCCGAGAGGAACAGCAACCUGGUGGGGGCCGCCCACGAGGAGCUGCAGCAGUCUCGCAUCCGCAUCGACAGCCUCUCGGCCCAGCUCAGCCAGCUCCAGAAGCAGCUGGCAGCCAAGGAGUCGAAGCUGCGGGACCUGGAGGACUCCCUGGCCCGUGAGCGGGACACCAGCCGGCGGCUGCUGGCUGAGAAGGAGCGGGAGAUGGCAGAAAUGCGGGCAAGGAUGCAGCAGCAGCUGGACGAAUACCAGGAGCUGCUGGACAUCAAGCUGGCCCUGGACAUGGAGAUCCACGCCUACCGCAAGCUCCUGGAGGGCGAGGAGGAGAGGCUACGCCUGUCCCCCAGCCCCACCUCACAGCGCAGCCGUGGCCGCGCCUCCUCCCACUCGUCCCAGACGCAGAGCGGGGGCAGCAUCACCAAGAAGCGCAAGCUGGAGACCAGCGAGAGCCGCAGCAGCUUCUCGCAGCACGCGCGCACCAGCGGGCGCGUGGCCGUGGAGGAGGUGGACGAGGAGGGCAAGUUCGUGCGGCUGCGCAACAAGUCCAAUGAGGACCAGUCCAUGGGCAACUGGCAGAUCAAGCGCCAGAAUGGAGACGACCCCUUGCUGACCUACCGCUUCCCACCAAAGUUCACUCUGAAGGCUGGGCAGGCGGUGACGAUCUGGGCUGCCGGAGCCGGGGCCACGCAUAGCCCCCCCACCGACUUGGUGUGGAAGGCACAGAACACCUGGGGCUGCGGGAACAGCCUGCGUACAGCGCUCAUCAACUCCACCGGAGACGAGGUGGCCAUGCGCAAGCUGGUACGCUCAGUGACUGUGGUUGAUGACGACGAGGAUGAGGACGGAGAUGACCUGCUCCAUCACCACCACGGUUCCCACAGCGGCGGCUCGGGGGACCCCGCUGAGUACAACCUGCGCUCACGCACCGUGCUGUGCGGGACGUGCGGGCAGCCUGCCGACAAGGCUUCGGCCAGCGGCCCUGGAGCCCAGGUGGGCGGAUCCAUCUCCUCUGGAUCUUCUGCCUCCAGUGUCACGGUCACUCGCAGCUACCGCAGUGUGGGGGGCAGUGGGGGUGGCAGCUUCGGGGACAGCCUGGUCACCCGCUCCUACCUCCUGGGCAACUCCAGUCCCCGAACCCAGGUGAGUUCCGCUCCGUCUCCACAGCCCGCAGGCAGGUUAGGACAGGGGCCCUUUGGGGGGGACAGCCUUCUCUCCCGCAGCUCGGGGGAGGGGGAGCCUCCUCCCCUCAGCCCAGGGUCCAAGACAGUCCACUCCUGUGUCCUGCCCCUCCUGUCUGCGCCCCAGACUGGAGGGCGGGAGCAGGGCUGGAGUAUGGGGGACAGGAGGAGACAGCACCCGCCGUCUGGAGCAAGGGAGGGAUGGGACGGGACCAGGCACUGACACUCACACCUCUCC